GCCGCCUCUCCCGCGGCAGCGGCUGAAGUUGUGGAAGUUGGCGGUAGCUGCGAUGAGAGCGGCUCCUCGCCGCUCCCCGGCCUGGCGGGACCCCUGACGGUCCCUGCCUCCGCCUCAGAGACCGCUUCGGUUUGUUGCCGAGGUGAAUGGCCCGCGGUGGGUGCAGCUGGCCUCACCGCCUGUGCAAAGGGAAAAUGCUGGCUGUGGGGGUUCUGGCCGGCCUCUCGCUGCUCAGCCUCCUCGCUUACGGCUAUUUGUCCUGGGACAGCCUCGGACUCGGCCCUGGAGAGAGGGAGGCGACGAGGAGCGAGUUGGGAGAGGAACUGGGGGUCGGCGCCCCCAGCUCACAGCCUCACAUCAUCUUCAUCCUGGCUGAUGAUCAGGGAUUCAGAGACGUAGGGUACCACGGAUCGGAGAUCAGGACACCCACUCUGGACAAGCUAGCUGCUGAAGGGGUUAAACUGGAGAACUAUUAUGUUCAGCCUAUGUGCACACCAUCCAGAAGCCAAUUAAUCACUGGAAAGUACCAGAUCCACACUGGCCUUCAGCACUCCAUCAUUCGACCGACUCAGCCCAACUGCUUACCUCUGGAUAAUGUCACGCUACCUCAGAAGCUGAAGGAGGUCGGGUAUUCAACACACAUGGUUGGCAAAUGGCACUUGGGAUUUUAUCGCAGAGAAUGCAUGCCCACACAGAGAGGAUUUGACACUUUCUUUGGCUCGCUCUUAGGCAGUGGGGACUACUACACUCACUUCAAAUGCGACAGCCCUGGGAUUUGUGGCUAUGACCUAUAUGAGAAUGACAAUGCAGCUUGGGAUCAUGAUAAUGGCAUCUACUCAACGCAGAUGUACACCCAAAAGGUACAAAAAAUCCUGGCUUCUCAUAACCCCAGGAAACCUCUGUUUUUAUAUAUUGCAUACCAAGCUGUUCAUUCACCUCUUCAGGCUCCAGGCAAGUAUUUUGAACAUUAUCGAUCAAUAAAUAACAUCAACAGGCGAAGAUAUGCUGCAAUGCUUGCUUGUUUGGAUGAAGCCAUAAACAAUGUAACCCUUGCUUUAAAGAAUUAUGGUUACUAUGAGAACAGCAUUAUCAUAUAUUCUUCAGAUAAUGGUGGGCAGCCAAUGGCUGGAGGAAGUAACUGGCCUCUCCGAGGAAGCAAGGGGACUUACUGGGAAGGAGGUAUCCGUGCUGUUGGGUUUGUCCAUAGCCCCCUUCUGAAAAACAAAGGGUCUGUGUGUAAGGAGCUUGUGCACAUCACAGACUGGUUCCCCACCUUGAUCACGCUGGCAGAAGGGCAAAUCGAUGAAGACACUCAGCUGGAUGGCUACGAUAUAUGGGAAACCAUUAGUGAAGGCAGGCGUUCUCCGCGGGUGGAUAUCUUGCACAACAUUGACCCCAUUUACACCAAAGCCAAGAAUGGGUCCUGGGCAGCUGGCUAUGGGAUCUGGAACACUGCAAUUCAAUCUGCCAUCAGAGUGAAUCACUGGAAACUACUGACGGGAAACCCAGGGUAUAGCGAUUGGGUACCUCCUCAGGCCUUCAGUAACGCAGGCCCCAACCGCUGGCACAACGAACGUGUUUCUUGGUCAGCUGGCAAAACUGUCUGGCUCUUCAACAUCACUGCUGAUCCCUACGAACGAGUGGACCUCUCCACAAGGUAUCCUGAUGUUGUGAAGCAGUUGCUGCAGAGGCUUUCCCAGUUUAAUAAGACGGCAGUUCCUGUUCGAUACCCACCUAAGGACCCUCGGAGUAACCCGAAGCUGAAUGGAGGAGUCUGGGGUCCAUGGUUUAAAGAGGAUGAAAAGAAAAAGAAAUCAGAUAAAAGUAAAGGUGCAAAUAAGGAAAAGAAGAACAAGAAUAAGAAAAAAGCUAAUAGAAAAAAAGGGCAAUCAAAAAAAGGGCAAUCAUUCCACUGUCAUUCACAUCUUGCUGGUGGAUAGUCUCUAAGCAUGCUCUCCUGCUAAGCAUAUGUCAGCUUGGCCCAACUUUCUGGAACUUCGGACACAAUAUACUAGAAAUGCUAUCUCUGCACUAUGGAUGAAAGUUGUCAUCUUUUAAUUUUUUCUCUCAAGAUAACUCAAUGCUCCUCCUUGAGUUUUCCCAUGACAAACUUUCUCCUCUACAGGGUGAAUGGUGCUCACCUAUCACAGCUCCAUUUCAGAUAACAAUGGUGAUAACUCCUAAACUCAUUUUUGAUGGACAAAUGGUGGUUCCUUGCCUAGAUAAACUGGAAUAUUCAGAGAGUACAGAGAUGUUAAUGGCAGAUGUUGAACUGACAGAUGAUUCAUAGAAAGAAAAAAUAAAACUUGAGAAUCUGUUUGGGUCAUAAGGCGUUAGUCAUCAACCUAUGACACUUUUUGAUACAACACACCAACAUAAAGCCAUCAGGAUAACUUCUUAGAGGUGCUGUGGAGGGGGACAUGAUAGGAGGAAAGCUGCUUCGGAUUAGACUUCACCUGUCUUACAUAAAUCAGAAAUAUUUUUUAAAUUCCCUUAAUGUGCUAAGCUCCCCUGAUUUGUAGUGAAACCAGAAGGUUGUUAUUCAACACAUGUGAACAGCCAGCACACGACAUAUAAUUUAUUAUAGGCAUAGACAAAAACAGAUUGCCAAAGUGAAUGUAAUAUUUAAACACUUUAAGGUAACUAGAUAAAAAUAUGUAAAAGGAAUAAUUUAUUUUACAGCACUUCCAUUAAAUCUUUAAUUACUGGGUGAUGCAAGGUACCCUUCUGUGUACUAGGAUUGUUUGGGUUUUUUUCUCUUUGAUUUCUAAUUUUAUUUCCACUCUAUCAGUCAGAGUUUUAUUUAACAGAUUGAUAUCCUCAGAGUACUGUAAAACAAGAAAAUGCUGUAUACACUGCUA